AGCGCAUCUUUUUUCGAACGCCCACCAACCGAAAUUGAAAUCCUCAGAGCCCCUUUGGAUCUUCCCAUUUUGACAUCCGAGAGGCAGCGGAAUAGACAGCAUCCACCCCCUGAGUGAGGGUCUCAGGGGCCUCCGACAACCAGAGCCAUUUCCCUCUCCCUACCUCUCCUAUCCCCCCUCUUCUCUUUCCAGCAAUCACACCAUGUCGCCCCAACCCUCAAAGUCGGGCAUCGUCACCGAUGAUAGAAGCGGCGAGAGGCACAUCCCCGAGACCACCCGAGCAGACGGAACGACAAGAAAGGCGAUCAAGAUCCGGCCCGGCUACAGGCCGCCCGAGGACGUCGAGGUGUACAAGAACCGGACCGCCGAGACUUUCCGCCGCGGGCAGGGCGGGAUCCCCGGCGCGGAGGGCCUGAAGGAGGACACGGCGUCGGACCAGGCGUCCGGCGCCAGCAACAAGAACGCCAAGAGGCGGGAGGCCCGGAGGAAGGCGAAGGCCGCCGGGGAGCAGCAACAGGGCGCCGGGACGGAUGCGGCCGGAGCUCCCGCAGCGCCUGCCAAACCGGAGGAGGCGGACUCGGAGGUGGAAAGGGAGAAGAAGGUCCGGAACCUGAAGAAGAAGCUCAAGCAGGCCAAGGAGCUCAAGAACAAGAAGGACACGGGCGGGUCCCUCCUCCCCGAGCAGAUCGCAAAGGUCAUCAAGAUCAGCGAGCUCGUCCGGGAGCUCGACGCCCUAGGUUUCGAUGCCGACGGCGAGCCCAAGGGCCAAUCCUCGCUUGCCGAUGCUGCCGGGGAAGACACGCCCAGCUGAAAGAAAAGGGGGUGU